GCUGACGCUAAUUGUAUAUGAGCGCGAGCGGCGGGCUCUCGGGUCUUUUUUAGCGCCAUCUGCUCGCCGCGCCGCCUUCUGCUCCUCCCGCCGCCGCCCUGAGUCACUGCCUGCGCAGCUCCGGCCGCCUGGCUCCCCGUGCUAGCCACCGAUAUUUGGCGCUCAUACAACAUGGCAGACAUCGACAACAAAGAACAGUCUGAACUUGAUCAAGAUUUGGAUGAUGUUGAAGAAGUAGAAGAAGAAGAAACUGGUGAAGAAACAAAAAUCAAAGCGCGUCAGCUGACUGUUCAGAUGAUGCAAAAUCCUCAGAUUCUUGCAGCCCUUCAAGAAAGACUUGAUGGUCUGGUAGAAACACCAACAGGAUACAUUGAAAGCUUGCCUAGGGUAGUUAAAAGACGCGUGAAUGCUCUCAAAAACCUUCAAGUUAAAUGUGCACAGAUAGAAGCCAAGUUCUAUGAGGAAGUUCAUGAUCUUGAAAGAAAGUAUGCUGUUCUCUAUCAACCUCUAUUUGAUAAGCGAUUUGAGAUCAUUAAUGCCAUUUAUGAACCUACAGAAGAAGAAUGUGAAUGGAAACCAGAUGAGGAAGAUGAAAUUUCGGAGGAGCUAAAAGAAAAGGCCAAGAUUGAAGAUGAGAAAAAGGAUGAAGAAAAAGAAGACCCCAAAGGAAUUCCUGAAUUUUGGUUGACCGUUUUUAAGAAUGUUGACUUGCUCAGUGAUAUGGUUCAGGAACAUGAUGAACCUAUUCUGAAGCACUUGAAAGAUAUUAAAGUGAAAUUCUCAGAUGCUGGUCAGCCUAUGAGUUUUGUCUUAGAAUUUCACUUUGAACCCAAUGAAUAUUUCACAAAUGAAGUGUUGACAAAGACAUAUAGGAUGAGGUCAGAACCAGAUGAUUCUGAUCCUUUUUCUUUUGAUGGACCAGAAAUUAUGGGUUGUACAGGGUGCCAGAUAGAUUGGAAAAAAGGGAAGAAUGUCACUUUGAAAACCAUUAAGAAGAAGCAGAAACACAAGGGACGUGGGACAGUUCGUACUGUGACCAAAACAGUUUCUAAUGACUCUUUCUUUAAUUUUUUUGCCCCUCCUGAAGUUCCUGAGAGUGGAGAUCUGGAUGAUGAUGCUGAAGCUAUCCUUGCUGCGGACUUUGAAAUUGGUCACUUUUUACGUGAGCGCAUAAUCCCAAGAUCAGUGUUAUACUUUACUGGAGAAGCUAUUGAAGAUGAUGAUGAUGAUUAUGAUGAAGAAGGUGAAGAAGCGGAUGAGGAAGGGGAAGAAGAAGGAGAUGAGGAAAAUGAUCCAGACUAUGACCCAAAGAAGGAUCAAAACCCAGCAGAGUGCAAGCAGCAGUGAAGCAGGAUGUAUGUGGCCUUGAGGAUAACCUGCACUGGUCUACCUUCUGCUUCCCUGGAAAGGAUGAAUUUACAUCAUUUGACAAGCCUAUUUCAAGUUUUUUGUUGUUUGUUUGCUCGUUUUUGUUUUUGCAGCCUAAAAUAAAAAUGUCAAAUAUAAUUUUA